UAUUUGCGUUUGUCGCGAUAGUUUUAGGAAAUAAUUGUAUUCGAGGUAACCAUUUCUAGAAUCAGUUUGUAAAAUCCGAACAACACAGCGCUGAUAACGUCUGAGAAAUGUAAAAUUAUCAACUUAAACAAAUAGCCUGAACGGUUCGUUUAGUUUUUUGAUGAAGGUUGUCUGGUCGGUUCAUAAUGACUUUAAAAAAGAGUGAUAUUUUACAAUUUUCCCAAAAACUUAGUGGCAGUUUCCAAGAGCUGUGUACAAUUAGGAAGAAAAAAAAGAACAAAGAUGAGCAUCGACGUGGAAUAUUUGACUCUUUAGUGAGUUCUUUAUCAACAUUUUUAUGGCCGGUGGCAACUCCAUUUUCUUCCGCUCCUGCGCGGAGUUGGAUAGAAGCGACUUUCCACAAAAGGGAGUGCGUCAGAUUCAUAGCCCACAACAAAGAUGAGCAGAGAUGCGGAUGUGGGCGUACUUUGGCACAACAUAAACACAACACCGAAACUGUACCUCCAUUGGCAGGAGAAAUAUGGUUUCCGAGCAGAUGCACGACGGCAUUGCCGACGGACGCUUAUGGGAUACUCGAGUUUCAGGGAGGACCUCAUCCUUCCAAAGCUCAAUACAUCAGAGUGGCUCACGAUACAAAACCGGAACAUCUCAUGCAGCUUAUUACGAAGGAGUGGAAUCUGGAACUCCCUAAACUGCUCAUUUCCAUCCAAGGAGGAAAGGCUAACUUCGAAUUACAACCAAAACUGAAGAAAGUUUUACGUAAAGGCCUACUGAAAGCGGCUCGCUCCACCGGUGCUUGGAUUUUUACCGGCGGCACGAAUACAGGAGUCACAAAGCACAUCGGAGACGCACUGCUCCUUGAGCGUUCCCAGCGGACCGGAAGGGUAAACACCCUGGGCAUAGCGCCAUGGGGUAUCGUCGAAAACAACCAAGAACUUAUUGGUCACAAUACGGAAGUGCCAUAUCACUCAAUAUCAUCGCCCAGGUCCAAGUUUGCAGCUUUAAAUAAUAGACACGCUUAUUUCCUACUAGUCGAUAAUGGGACUGUUGGAAAAUACGGUGCGGAAAUAGUCUUAAGGCGAAGACUGGAAAAAUACAUAUCAAAACAGAGACUAUAUCCAUUUACCCAAAGUCCCAUACCUAUAGUUUGUUUAGUCAUAGAAGGAGGUACUAAUACUAUAAGAGCUGUCCUAGAAUACGUCACUGAUGAUCCACCUGUCCCUAUUGUGGUUUGUGAUGGGUCAGGUCGAGCAGCUGACUUAAUUGCCUUCAUGUGCAAGUAUGAACUGUCGGUCUUAAAAUCUAUGCGAGACUAUAUUAUCGCAACAAUAACAAGAGCUUUUGAAGUUAACAGAGAGUUGGCCGAGUGUCUCUACGGCGAAUUAAUGCAAUGUGUUGAAAAUAAAAAUUUGAUUACAGUUUUUCGAAUUGCCGACAAAUAUGAUCAAAAACCGCAAGAACUUGACCAAAUAAUGCUAACAGCAUUGUUUAAAUCCCAACAUCUUUCUCCCACCGAACAGCUCAGUCUCGCGCUUACAUGGAAUCGAGCAGAUAUAGCACGAUCAGAAAUUUUUAUUUACGGUCAGGAAUGGCCACGUGGUGCUCUCGAGGAUGCUAUGAUGAAAGCACUAGAGCACGAUAGAUGCGAUUUUGUGAAGCUAUUAUUAGAAAAUGGCGUUAGCAUGCGAAAAUUUUUGACUAUACCUCGACUGGAAAACCUCUAUAAUUCCAAAGAGGGGCCUAGUAAUAUUCUCCGGUAUAUUUUGAGGGACGUGCGACCUCACAUACCCGCCGGUUAUGUUUACACUUUGCACGAUAUCGGUCUAGUUAUUAAUAAGUUGAUGGGAGGUGCCUAUAGGGCUUUCUACACCCGGAGAAAAUUCCGGCCAAUUUAUGCCAAAGUCAUGAAUAAGGGCCAAAACAUGCAACGAAACUCCACCUCUUUCGUCAAACAGUACGGUAACGCAAUGAGUCUGUUGGCUCAAGCCUUGCCGUCAAAUGCGAAUCCUUGUCUAUUCGAUUAUCCUUUUAACGAGCUUUUGAUAUGGGCUGUGUUAAUGAAAAGACAUAAAAUGGCGCUGCUUAUGUGGCAACACGGGGAAGAAGCGUUAGCGAAGGCAUUAGUAGGUUGUAAAUUAUAUAAAGCCAUGGCUCACGAAGCCGCUGAAGAUGACAUGGAAACGGAAGUUUAUGAAGAAUUGAGGAGUUACGGCAAAGAAUUCGAAAAUAUAGCUUUGGAAGUUUUGGAUUUUUGCUACAGGCAAGACGACGAUCAAACACAACAACUUUUAACUUGUGAACUACAAAACUGGUCGGGUCAAACGUGUCUAAGUCUCGCUGUCGCUGCCAAUCACAGGGCGCUUUUGGCACAUCCGUGCUCGCAAAUAAUUCUUGCUGAUUUGUGGAUGGGCGGCUUGCGAACACGCAAAAAUACAAACUUGAAGAUCAUGUUGGGGCUUUUGUGUCCUCCAUACAUCCUGAAACUCGAGUUCAAAUCCAAAGAAGAAUUGCAAUUAAUGCCGCAAACAACUGAAGAACAUAUGGAAUUGGAGAAUGACGACGAUGACAAGUCCGAUUCCGACAAAAAUGUCGAUGGGGAAGUAAGUCGUAAAGUGGUACGAAAACAUUAUAUUGAGCUUUAUCCCAAAAAACGCACUAGAAGUUUGAGUAUGAGAAGCAAGUCUGCAAACCCUCAAGGUGUAAAGGCUUUACUCACUGAAAAUUUCAUCCGACGCGAAACCGUCGUGCAAGAAAACGGCAAAGUGCUGUCAGAUCCAGAAGAAAAUAAAUAUCAUGUGUUUUUCACCGACGUACCCCAAGAAAGAGUUUCCCGAAAUCGCGAAUUGAAAAUAAGCAAAAAAUUAUACGAAUUUUACACCGCCCCCAUCACCAAAUUCUGGGCCAAUUCUAUCGCAUACAUAACUUUUUUGAUAAUAUUCAGUUACACGAUUUUGGUGAAAAUGAAUGAAAAUCCAUCAUGGCAAGAGUGGUUGGCCAUCUCUUUCAUGUGCACAUUCGGUUGUGAGAAAUUAAGAGAACUAUUUUCUUCCGAACCAGUUGGACUUAAACAAAAACUGGCCGUUUGGUGCUGGAAUUUAUGGAAUCCGUGCGACAUGGCGGCAGUUUUGUUCUUCCUAAUUGGGGUCGCCCUCAGAUUCAAAGAAAGUACUUUCGAAGUCGGGCGAGUUUUUUACUGUGUAAAUAGCAUUUAUUGGUAUUUGCACAUUUUGAAUAUUCUGAGCGUAAACAAAUAUUUAGGUCCAUUGGUCACAAUGAUGGGUAAAAUGGUUAAAAACAUGAUUUAUUUCGUUGUUCUUUUACUCAUUGUUUUGAUGAGUUUCGGGGUGUCCCGACAGGCGAUUUUAUUCCCUGAUAGCCCACCCAGUUGGGGGAUUGCCAGAGAUGUGUUUUUGGAGCCCUAUUUCAUGUUGUACGGUGAAGUAUACGCAGACAAAAUCGACCCUCCUUGUGGCGAAGAUGAAGAGAAGCCGUGUCAAACAGGCCGUUGGGUGUCUCCAGUCAUUAUGUCUGUGUACCUCUUGGUCGCUAAUAUCCUCCUUAUCAAUCUUCUUAUCGCCGUUUUCAACAACAUUUUUAAUGAAGUGAAUUCAGUAGCGCACCAAGUGUGGAUGUUCCAAAGAUUUACUGUCGUCAUGGAAUAUGAACAGAAGCCAAUUUUGCCACCUCCAUUUAUCAUAUUUUGUCACAUUUAUUUACUAAUUAAGUAUUUGAGACGAAAAAUGGAAGGGAAGGAAGAAAGUUACGAUAACGGAUUAAAGCUGUUUUUAGAUAGGGAUGAAAUGGAAAGAUUGUACGAUUUUGAGGAAGAUUGUGUUGAGGGUUAUUUUGCCGAACAAGAGCUCAAAUUGCAACAGUCGACUGAAGAAAGAAUAAAAGUUACUACUGAACGAAUAGAACACCUCACGCAGAAAGUCGAAGAUAUCAAUACCAAAGAGAACAUUCACACUACUGCCCUGCAAAAUCUCGAAUUAAGAUGUCGCCGACUAGUGGACCAAUUACAGGAAGUUUCGACUGAAAUGGAAAAAAUUCGCAUUUCGAUCGAAAGUCAAUGUUCUACAACAGGACCAUCGUUUGAUGCUGGUUUUAUACGCGAAAGAACAGUCAGUGAACCUACUGAAACUCUCGUGGAGGACAUUCCAACCCUCAAAAUUGGAUCUUCGGUAACGAAAAGAAAGCCAAUUGUUAGAUCUUUGACAGAGGUUCGACCAGAUGCUUACAUUUUCGACAAUGGCCAACAUAUCGAAUACAGAUAUGACGAAGAGGAGGAGUGUAACGAAGAAAUUGAUCCAUUACCAAAAUCAGAAAGUCAACAACCCGUGACAUUUGAGAGGCAACGAACCAGAAGCACCGAUUCUAAAACAUCGAACGAUUCGGCUGAAGUUUCAGCCGAUGAUUUAGGGGCCCUAAGUUUGGAAGUUUUACGAAAUUGGGCGAUUCAAAAAAGGAAAGAUUCGACGGGAACGGGACGGCGAAGUUCCGACGGUGGAAAUGCAUGUGAAAAACUCCUAGAACAUUUUUCACCACAAAGCCUAUAUUUCUACCACUAUUACAGGAAGGAGGGCGAAGACUCGAGCCAUGGAAGCAAACGCAGUCUUAACAAAAGACAACUAUCCCAAACCCACUCCGAACCUGAAACUAGUGAUCCUCCUGCAACUGCCACCAACCCAUCGCGACCCAUGACGCUGGAACGUAGUGUAACAUUCACCGAGCCCCGAAUCAAAGUAAUUCCACCGACUAGCAUCGCAGGUGGUAGUAAUCGAACGGCUUUAUUAAUGCAUAUGCAUACUGAAUAUACGAGCAUCACUGACGAACUCGAAAGUGUUUGCGGCUUACUAAGUCCUCCAAGAUCACCGGGACUAUUAUCACCGCCACGACCCGAACAAUCGCCCCCAAGUCAGCGCAGACGACACCCAUCUGAAAUGUCAAACCCUGAAAUCGCAAUCAACUUUGAAAAAGAACAUUUGCGCAGCGCCGAAGAGUGCGAUUACAUGGUCAUGGAAAAUCUAAUACAGAGGCGGUACGAGGAGGAGGAUGGCGAGCACGGACCCCUCAAUCCGGACCUGUUAAGUGUAGUUACCGAAACUCGCGAAUUUAGGAUUAGUUCCAUCGGUUCAAGACCGUUGAGGAGAGCAAGUGCUGUAGAAGGGGACUUUCAACCUUUAGAUUCUGGCAGUGAUUCGGUAAAUCAGGGUGAUUCAACUGAGCGCCAGGAUUCAACCGAGUCCAACGAUAUUACGUCAGCCCUUUUGAAUCAACCCCCGAUGCCCCAGAGACCUUCCAUACUGAUGGACUCUUCGCAGUUACCGAUACAAAGAGAAGUGCAAAAGGCCGAAUCCAAAGAUAGUCUUCACAUGCAGUCGGAGACAAUGUGUUAAAUUCUACUUAUGAGUGUCUUUACGUCUUUUUGUGAACUUCAAUUUAGCGACUCAUCGCACACUAAAGUAUUCAUAUCACAAAUGCACGUCUUUUCUACAGUUUGGCAUUGUUUAAACAUUUUUUUAUGAUAUAUACACUAUCCAUAUUUGCGAAAUGUAGUAAUAAUGAGAAACCUUAACAUGAACAAUGGGUGCAUAAAACUAUUACCCUGAUUUAAUAUUCAAUGUUUUCUCGUUCCUGUAUAUUAUUUGCCAAAGAUAGAUCUUCGAUUAUAAAAAAAUUAUGUUAAAGUGUAGUGAUAAUCCUGAUCUUCCUAAACGUUAACAUAUUUUUUCUAGGAGGCAUUUAAAUUAUUAUAAAUUUUGUGUUCUGUAGAUGAUAUUCCAUUAAAUUAGUUCACGUAGGAAAUAUAUUACUUAGUUGACCUUAGAAUCAACGAAUUUAUUUAAUUAUAAAAUAUUAACACAUUGACUGUCAACAAGAUGAUAUUUUUGGUAUUACAUUUCUUAUAGUGUUUGACAGGUAAGGUGUUAAUUUAAAACUAAACAAAAAACACCAACUAAAAAUCUAUAUGUAUUUUUACUAAUUGCUACAUUAAUAAAAAAAAUAUUAAUCUCGAGUCUCUUAGGUUGUCUACCACUUGGCGUAUUUUUUCUAAAUGUACACCUGAGGUCAACUAUACUUCAGUAAGUUAUUGCGUUUAUAUUUGUAAUUGUGAUAUUUUGAAAAUUAUUUAAUGUUUCAUAAAAACCGACAAUAUCCAAAGUCGCAACUAAAAUAUAAAAUUUUCCAACCCUUAGACCAAAUUUGAGAUAAAUCCAAGUUUUAUAUUUAUGGUGCGACAUGAGUAGUCUAUAUUAUAAUAAUGUAAAAAUCUCAUUCAUGGUGUAUAUAAAGGUGGGGAAUAAUUUUAUAAUAUCUACAUAUGAAUCAAUAAAACAAUCAUAAUCCCCAAUCUUUUUUAACUGAUGUUUGUAAAUACAGUCAGUAGUAGCUCAACAUGUAGUGCUCAAAUUUAGCGAUUCUAGCAAUAUUUUUGAUUUUUAUCGUUAAGAUUCUAAUGUGUCCUGUAAUUUAAAAGCUAUAUUCCUAUGUAAAAUGCGCAACAACCCCAUAAAAUAAGAAUCACUUCAGAUUUCUCUUUGUUUUCGUAGCACUUACACCAUUUUUGAAUGUAUUUACCACCAGUAACUGUUUUUUUUUCUAAUGAUGCAUUGUAAUAACAUCACAAAUUUUAACAGUUUUGACCGACUUUGUAAGUUUAGGUUACCAAAAAAAUAUAUUUGAAUACUUACGCAGAAUAAAUGUAGGGGUUUGAAAAAGUGGAUUUAAGCCAUACUUAAUAAAAAAUCAAUUUUGGAAAA